AACUUUCAUAACUCUUUUUUUUUUCUUUCGUAACCUGCGUGCGUCUGACGUCACACGCUCCGGUCGCACGUGUUUCUGUUGUUGACCGAUACAGGCGAUAAAUAAACGGAUUCUCAGAAUGAUCAGCAGUUAUUAACUUUACAUAAAUACUUUGCGUUAACAUCUUCAUCGUUUAUUUAUGAACUAAAUCGUAGACUGGCUGAUUACAGUGUGUUUCUUUAGCUUAUGUUCAUCGGUGUUUGAAUAAAGUUUUUUUUUCAGAGUUAAACGAACAUGGCCGCUUCCUUGGCGCGCUGCUCUUAGUUUCAUAACAAAGUCAUUUUGAUUUCUACUUAUAAAAGAAAUAAUAGAUGACGAUUUUUCCUCCAGGCUAAAGAUAUUUGCUCCGUGUGAAGUGAGGAUGAGCCGCUCCACCAGCCUCUUGCAGCAGAUGACAGUGUUUGUGACAGUGGUGACCGGCGGCGGCUGUGCUAUGAUGUAUUACCUCAUGCAGAAGAAUUUUGCAAAAUCAGAGCAUUACCGUCUGGCCCUUGAUCAGCUGAACAAUAAUUCCUCUGCUAUGGCCAGUCUGGGCGCUCCUCCUCUGAAGAUACACAAUAUCCAUUUAUCUGACCGACACAACCGCAUUGACCACAGCAGCGCUCAGCUUAAGAUCCCCGUUACCGGGUCAAGGACUGGAGGUUAUCUCUACACAACUUCCACCAGAGAUGCUAUCAUGAACAGAUGGAAGCUCCAGCAAGUGUUUCUGAAGCUGAGAGAAGGCGAGAUCAUUGAGAUUUUCAACAAGACAGAAUCUGAAGAGUAAUUACUGUACACACAGAAAUAUUUCAUCAAUGUUAAAUAGACAACAAAUGCAAGUGGAUGUAGAUUAAAGUAGAUGAUUAAAAGCCUGCUUUUUUAACUAAUGUAAUUAUGGCAUUCACAUAUAUUUGUUUACUUGAAAUGUUCAGACAUUUGUUUGGGCUGUAUGGAAGCUGUGUCAUGUGGAGCACUGUAUUUUGCGGCAGCUUGGACAGAUUUUUUAUU